UAUCGCAAUAAAUACCUAUUAAUCGUUCAUCAGAAUUUAAUGAAUAUUUUCCGUUCCCUAUAAUCUAAUUUGACUGACAUUUCUUAUCGAUAAUUUAGGAAAAUAUUUCCAUUAGAUGAAAAAUUAUUUUAUCGGAUGAAAUGGGAAUGACCGUAUUUUUUUUUUAUAAAUUCUAUAAUUUAUAAUAUUUAAUUCAACUAUAUGUACUAACUUCGUGAAAUAUUACAGUCCGUAAAAGAAGAAAUAAGAAAGAUGAACAAAUCGCGCAUUAAGUGGUGGCCGCAAUAUUUAGCAGCGAUUACAGCCACCUUAUCUAUGGCAACUUCCGGUUCCCAUAUAGGCUGGACAUCACCGAUUCUACCAAAAUUAAAGUCUUCAGAGUCCUAUAUGCCAAUAACGUCGGACGAUGCCUCGUGGAUCGCUUCGUUCGUUCUUCUCGGCUCGAUACCUGGCAAUAUUAUCGCAGCUUUCAUCGUUGAUCGACUGGGUCGUAAAGUGUGCCUCCUGCUUGCAGGAAUACCAUUGACUAUUAGUUGGAUUUUAAUCAUCGUAGCCUGGUGCCCUUACGUCCUCUACGUUUCGAGAUUCAUCGGCGGCAUAGGGCUUGGCGUGGCUUACGUCGUUUGUCCUAUGUACAUCGGGGAAAUCGCUGAUAAGGAGAUCAGAGGAUCUCUGGGAUCUUUGAUAAAGUUAAUGGUAACAUUUGGUGAAUUAUACGCUCACGCGAUCGGCCCAUUCGUGUCGUACGAGUGUCUAGCUUACAGCUGCGCUGUAAUCCCCAUAAUCUUUUUCCUGACGUUUAGUUGGAUGCCAGAAUCUCCUUAUUAUUUGUUGAUGAGAAAUCGCGAAGAUAAAGCGACGUAUAAUUUGAAGUGUCUUAAGAGAUACGCGACGGAGGAUCAGUUAGAAGAAGAUAUAGAACAAAUGCAAAAGACCGUAUUGCGAGACCUCAGCGAUAAAGGAAACAUUUGGGAUCUGUUCAACACCCCAGGUAAUAGAAGAGCUGUUGUAAUCAGUUUCGGCCUCCAGCUAGUUCUGCAAUUCAGUGGUCUAGCCGCUAUAGAAUCGUAUACUCAAGAAAUUCUCGAGGAGGCUGAUACAGAUUUAUCCGCUGGGAUAGCGGUGAUCGUUCUAAGCGUUCUUCAGUUGAUAGCCGGUAUCGGUGCGGCAGCUUUAGUAGACAGAUUAGGUAGAAGGCCACUGCUUCUUGUCACUACUUUACUCGGUGGAUUGUCCUUAACAGUUACCGGAACGUUUUAUCUGCUAAAACACUACGUGUUAGCGAAUAUGACCGGUUUUGGUUGGGUUCUUCAUGCCUCUGUUAUAUUUUACGAGCUCAUUAUCGCAUUAGGUUUGAAUCCAUUGUCCUACAUGAUGCUCGGAGAACUUUUUCCGACUAACGUAAAGGGAGCUGCCGUAUCUAUAGCAAACAUGUGGGCAUCUUUAUUGGCGUUCUUUGUUUCAAAAAUGUACCAAGUCAUUUCCGAUUCUUGCGGUGUUUACACCUCUUUCGGUUGGUUCGCGGUCAGCUGUUUCCUUGGUAUUGUUUUUAUACUGUUUAUGGUCCCAGAAACUAAAGGAAAAUCGUUGUUAGAGAUACAGGAGGAAUUAAAUUGUAAAAAGAAAAAGCAACAGAAGUGCGGAAAAAAUAAUCGAAAGAUCCACGUUAAUACACUAGCUUAAAUUAGGUGAAUGAUGAAACGAUGGUUUCGAUUCGUAUUGAUAAGUUAACCGGGUAAAUUUCACGUGAUUAAUAGGAUCAAUUGGCAUUCGAUUUAUCGUAAUAUAAUCCUUUAAAGGUUAAUGAAAGGGCGAGGUCGAUGCCGAGGAAAACGAAGAGUGAAAAUAAUACCAACUUUACGAAAUUGAAAUAUUAUUGAAUUUUCGGAACGUAUGGAAAAAUAUUCGGAACGAACAAAGAAACAUCGUUUCAGUGAAAAUAUUGAAAAUCUUUGAACAGCUUUUUUUUUUUAAGUACGUCUUCCUCGUAUUUUCUGAAAUCUAUAUGACACAUACAUGUAUUAAGUAUAUUUGGCGUUAGACUGAAAUUAAUUUCUUUUUAAGCUCGAGAAAUGUCAAAUUUGCCGUUCGUCAAAUUUCAAUCCAAGAGGUAAUUUAACUUAUUGUUUCUAAUACCAAGAAGUGAAAUUUUCCGAAAAACGACAUAUUCUUUGUAUUUUUUUAAACAAUAAUGUAGGGUGUAAGAUUUUAUCUUUUUAAGCGAGGGCCCUUAUAUUCCACAUGAAGGAUCUUUUUGCUUCGGUCGAAAUAACAAGAUCGUUAAAAAGGUUUUCGAUUAAGAUUUCAUCGUUGAUCAGCGAAGACAGUGCACGUUCUUGGUGAAUUCAUUUAAAAAAUCAUCUACGCUAGUAGAAACAAACAUAAGUACUCCAUAUAUCUCAUUUUGUUAGUCAAACAUUUACACAGAAAUCGUACGUUAUCCCGAAAAUAAGUAAUGAAAAAGAGAUAACGUGAUUUAAACCAGAUUUAUGCGAAUAUUUGUCGACCGUUUAUUAUAGUUACUUAUCCACUUAUGUGAAUAUCGAUCGAUUAUUUCGAUUAUUCGCGAGAAACGUACGAUGAAUUCUUAAUCGGUACUAAUAAUAACCGAAGCAAUUUUAACGGAGGACAAAUGCGAAUAUUUGUUACACAUCAUUUCUGGAAAUUUGUUGGUAAAAAUUUCCAGAAAUCAUGUUGUAUUAUGAGUGCGCGUUACUUAGGGCCCCAAUUGUGAAAAGAGCACACUCGCAUGACCAUCUUCUUUCCCUUUUAGGCAGGGUUAAACGUUGAGACUGAUAGAUUUUAAUUAAUCGUGAAGCGCAUAUUUAUUUAUCGCCAAACGACGUCACAUUAUGGUAAAAUACUGAACUGAUUUAUUACGAUGACAGAUUUAGAAAUAACGAAAUUAUCAAAUUCUUAUGAAAUUAUUCAAUCCGUGGAUUAUCAAAAUAUAUAGAAACGAAACGCGAAGUAGCUUGCUUUUAGUUGAACUAUUGGUUUAAUCCAUACGACUAUAACGCAAUUUUAAUAAAAAUACGACUUUAAUUUAAUCGAUUUUCAUCUAUACGAGAAACAAUUCUUUUUAAGUGGCAGAGUAGUCCACGGAUUAAAUACAAAGAUUCUGAAAUGUUCCUUGUGAUUAGUUUGGUGAUUAGAACCAUCUUUUAUCCCUUUCAGGCAGGGUGCAAGAAUAAUAAUACGAUUAAAUAUGUUAUCAAAGCGCGUCGCGAAUAUUAUCGCGAGUAUUAAGAAUUUCGCGCACCAAUGGCCCUGAUGCAAGAUGGAUUUAGGUGAGCACCGUAGCAUGACUAACUUUAUUUAUCCCUUUUAGGCAGGGUGAAACAUAUUACUAUAAGAAUAGCUUCGGCGCAGAAUAUAAUCGGCCCGAUUAUAAUUAAAUAUUUCUUAUUAUUAACGUCGCUAAUGGCAGACAACGAACAUUGCAUAUGAAACACGUGGUUUUAUCAUAAAGUAACCGUAUGAUCGAAUCGAUAUUAUCAUCUGUUACGUCGAUUUUUUAUCCACUUGUCGAUAGCAAAUGUAAUGAAUUUAUGUAAUAUCAUGAAGCACAAUGUACUUAUUGUAAAAUGGUUUUACUCUUAUUCUAAAAUGUUAUGUUCACGCAAUUGCACGACUCUCUACAAGUCCCUUUAAGGCAGGGUGCAAGACUUGAACUUAAAAUGUAUUUCUUACAGAUUUCUACAAUGUAGAAGUUUGCAAUUUACGUUGACAAUAAAUGUUAUUGAUUGAAAGAAAAUUGAGAAUUCUUUUAUUUACAAAUUCGUUCAUUCGUUCCUAAACAUAAAUAUGGAUGAUACGAUGUAUCGAAACACCGCACGAGUAUUUAGAUACAAAUUGGAUUUUGGAAAUAACGAAACAUAGUGAGAAUGCAAACGUGGACAACUAGUAUGUAUAUUUUUUGCAUUAUAAUAACCAUUAUACAUAAAUGUUAUUACAAUAUAGAAACAUAAAUCUUAAUAUUUCAUCCAUUAACAUCUUACAACAUCGUCAAUAUGAUACACGUCUCAUUGUCGAGAUUAUUAUUACGAUUUCCUAAGAUAAAUCCUUCUGCUUAUGCCUGUUGUAUUAAAUACGUACUCGUUUCUUGUCGUGGAUAGAAAUGUUUAAUAAAGUGUUAUCUCUUUGAAUAAAAUAACCGCUUGUUGCGUGCGAUCGCAACGAAGAAAUUCAGAUUUAUCGUAUUAGAUCGUACAAUUCGUUUCGUUAUUGUUAAAACUUCGAAACCCAUUUUCCGAUCAAUAUUUUAUUGAAAAAUGCGCUGACAUACGGUAAUUAGAUUUCUAUAUUUUCAAUACGAUCUUGUGAUACUCGAUGCUGGUUACUUACCUCCUAAAUAAACAUUUUUAUCGUUUUACAGCGAGUCGUGGAGUGCAAAAUUUCGAAGAAACGAAAAACUGAUCAUAUUAAAGAUUAAAAUUCGGAUAAUCGCACACCUAAAAUAUGUCGAAAUUUUAUCUUAAGGAAAUGAAAGAACGGAAACGAUUUAUAUUUCAAUUUCUAUAACGGAUGAUAAAGGAACCACUGCAUUUUACGCUAUUUUUUAUCAUUUUUCUAGCUUUAGAGAAAGGCAAGAAGACAAGAGAAAAAGCGGGGCCAAUGGAACCUGAAAAAUUAAUCACUUCGCAAUUUAGAAAUACCAGAAACAGUUCCUGCAUCACAUUCACAAUGCGAAGAUCUCUCUUUCUUUUCCUUUUCUUUACUUCUUUUUUUUUUUUUUU